ACCUCUCCUCUCCCGCCGCUCGCCGCCCGCUGCCCGAGCGUCAGGCGCUCACCCCCGCUCGCUGCCCGUCCGCCCGCUACCAGCCAAAUCAAAGGGCCUGCGCGAUGGAGGUUGGCAAAGAUUGGGACGAUUCGGCCAUGGAGGUGGAGGUCGAGGCGGAGGCGGCCUCCGGUUCCCCUGUCCCGGGCGGCUCGGCGAGGCGGCUGGGCCUCAGGAACAGCAUCCAGACCAACUUCGGCGACGACUACGUCUUCCAGAUAGCUUCUUGCCAGGAGAUCUCAACGCUCGCGGUUUCUCUGUCGACAAACGCGCUCAAGCUCUAUUCCCCAGCAACUGGACAGUAUCUGGGGGAAUGCACAGGCCAUACAGGGAGUAUCCAUGAGAUUGCCUUUUCAGCUCCGUCUUCGCCGCAAGUGCUAUGCUCUUGCUCUGCUGAUGCCACCAUCAGAGCCUGGGACACAAGAAGCUUUAAGCAGAUAUCUUUGCUAAAUGGUGGCCCCUCGCACGAAAUGUUUAGCUUCUCCUUUGGUGGAACAAGUGGUAACCUACUUGCUGCUGGUUCGAAUUCCAAGGUUCUGUUGUGGGACUGGAGAAGUUCAAAACAGGUAGCCUGCUUAGAGGAAUCCCACAUGGACGAUGUAACUCAGGUUCGAUUUGCGCCAAAUCAACAGAGUAAACUCAUUUCUGCGUCAGUCGAUGGGUUAAUGUGCGUCUUCGACACUGAUGGUGAUAUCAAUGAGGACGACCAUUUGCUAACCGUUAUGAAUGUGGAGACUUCUGUUUCUAAGGUGGGUUUCUAUGGAAAUACGUAUCAGAAGCUUUGGUGUUUGACUCAUAUUGAAACACUAAGUACUUGGGACUGGAAUGAUGGGACCAGAGAAUUGAAUAUAGAGAAUGCUCGUUCCCUGGCUAGUGAUAAGUGGAACCUUGACCAUCUGGACUACUUUGUGGACUGCCACUACUCUCUGCCUGAUGACCGGUUAUGGGUGAUUGGCGGCACAAGUGAGGGGACACUAGGUUACUUCCCUGUCAACAAUAAUGAUCCCGCAGGAGCGAUGGGUACAGCGGAGGCUGUCCUGGAAGGAGGCCACACAGGAGUUAUCAGGACCAUAUGCCCAGCUGUAAGCAGUCUUGAGAGCCUUGGCCAAAACAGGGGUAUCUUUGGGUGGACAGGAGGCGAGGAUGGCCGUCUAUGUUGCUGGCGUUCUGAUGACGUAGCUGCGACAAAGAAGUCGUGGGUCUCCAGUAGCCUUGUAUCGCGUGUAGAGAAGAAAAACAGAAGCCGACAUCAACCCUACUGACCGUCCUGCUAAGAUGGAUGUCCGGCCUCUGCUAACCCAUCCAUAUGAAAUUUCCUUGUCAACUAACCAUUGCUAAGUUUGUGUUGAGAAGGCCGGCGCUAAUGACGUUUGGUCCCUGAAUUUUCUUGCCCAUUAACCACUGCUUGUCUUUUUUGGCAUCUCACUGUUGAUCCUAUUAUUGCGGUUUCGCGUAAGGACCCCUUGUGGCUUAUAAUUCUGUAUACUGGAUUGGAUAAUGUGGUGUCGGUGCUUGGGACGUUCCUGAUAUCUUUGGGACGGUGUUUUGUGUUAAA